UCCCCAUGCUAGAGCGAGUUGGGGAAGCCGGACAUUUGAUAGGCUGAGUGAAGGUUCUACCAGCCCAUGACCAACAGACAUGGAGGGAGGGGUCUUCUUUAGAUUGAAUUUCAACAAGACAGCAUUCUCAAAUAUUUUUCAAGACAUACGUGAUACAGAGAGCCAAAGAGCAACGCUGGGAGAAGAGAGUCUUCGGGACGUACAACAUGAUGACAGACUGACAGAGAAAAAGGACGACAGCCCUUCAGCAAACAGCACAAUGUGCCUCGUCUGCCGGACGUCUGAGUGCAAACUUCCUGUGUAGCUAAACCCAGGGGUUCAAAAGAAGAAGGGGAAAGGAGCGAGGAGACCCUCCCAGAGCGCGGACAGCAUGGAGAACAGCGAGAGGGGAGAUGAAGGCGAGGGUCCGGACCCGGGAGGAGCUGCUAGAGACAGCGAGGCGGAGAAGCACAAGCAGUUGAAGGAGAAGCUCAACAGCCAGGAGAAGGGCGAGCAGGAGAUCACAGUGUGCCAGAAGGAGAGGAGCUCUCCUGGCUCUGUGUGGCGCAGUGGCUUGACGCUGAGCGAGAGGUUGGCCAUCAACGUGUCGGGGAUGCGCUACGAGACCCAGCUACGGACUCUCGCCCAGUUCCCCGACUCGCUGCUGGGAGAUCCCCGGCGCCGCCUGCCCUACUUCGACCCGCUCCGCAACGAGCUCUUCCUGGACCGCAACCGCUCCUGCUUCGACGCGAUCCUCUACUUCUACCAGUCGGGAGGGCGGCUCCGCCGGCCCGCCAACGUGCCUCUGGACAUCUUCCUGGAAGAGGUGAGGUUCUACGAGCUGGGAGAGGAGGUCGUGAUCCGGUUCAAGGCGGACGAGGGCUUCGCCCGGGUGGUUGAGAGGCCCCUGCCCGCCACCCGCAUCCAGAGGAGGCUCUGGAUGCUGUUUGAGCACCCAGAGUCGUCCUCGGGGGCGCGCAUCAUUGCCAUCGUUAGCGUGCUGGUGAUUGUGGUGUCCAUCCUCAUCUUCUGCCUGGAGACGCUGCCGGAAUUUAGGAACGAGAAGGAGGCGAGGGAGGAAUACUUCUACAAGUACCACACUCUACCAAAGAACAUCUCAGAGAGCAUGCCCCUGCCCUCGAGCGCGUUCCACGACCCCUUUUUCCUGGUGGAGUCAAUGUGCAUCUGCUGGUUCUCCUUCGAGCUCCUCAUGCGCUUCGCUUCCGCACCCAGCAAGACGCUCUUCUUCAAGGACGUGAUGAACAUCAUCGACUUCAGCGCCAUCCUGCCCUACUUUGUCACCCUGUGCACGGAGCUGGCCAAGGACAACGACGCGACGCCCGCGGGCUCGCUGGCCAUCAUCAGGGUCAUCCGUCUGGUGCGGGUCUUCAGGAUCUUCAAGCUUUCCCGGCACUCCAAGGGUCUCCAGAUCCUUGGCCAGACCCUCCGGGCUAGCAUGAGAGAGCUGGGCCUGCUCAUCUUCUUCCUCUUCAUCGGAGUGAUCAUUUUCUCCAGCGCCAUCUACUUCGCCGAGGCCGACUACGCCGAGACCACCUUCGUCAGCAUCCCGCACGCCUUUUGGUGGGCGGUGGUCACCAUGACGACCGUGGGCUACGGGGACAUGACCCCCGCGACGAUGUGGGGCAAGCUGGUGGGCUCAAUGUGCGCCAUCGCCGGCGUGCUCACCAUCUCGCUGCCGGUGCCCGUGAUCGUGUCCAACUUCAGCUACUUCUACCACCGCGAGACAGAGUCCGAAGACAACACAGAGUACAACCACAUCAGCCCCUCUCCAUGGGAGGGGGAGGAGGAAGAGCUGGAGGAGCCCAGGGAAGAGGAAGGAGACUACCACGGCAUGGAGGCCAUCUGUCAGGGGAACGCCGGUGAGCCACUAGCAAAUCAAGUCUGAGUUACAGGGUUACCCACAAUGCAUCAGGCAUGGCCAGCUACAGAAAAGCUAACAGGAUGAGGAGAAGGAGACUGACAUGUAUCCAGACUCCAAGACUUUUCACUUUUGCAUGUAUGGCUCAAAAAUGGAUGGCCAUUGAAAAGAGACUUCAAAUGAACUGUCGGAUAAGAGUUCCUCUUUUGAAUAAAUGUGAAUAAAUUGGUUGCAGUAAAUUGGGAAAUUGAAGGACAAAUACACUACUAAAUAGUGCGUGUGAUUGUUGGUGUGGGAGUGUGGGUGAAACCAAAAAAGGCUUAUUGAAUUCCUGCGCAAUGACAAAUGUCUUAGAAAAGUUAGCUUAACGUUUUGAGUGUAAAUAACAUGGGUGGUCAACCAUUACCACCAUAAGCCUUCUGCCGGAUAACUUAAACAACCUCAGCAUUCUUCAUUAUGAGAUGUGAACAUAUAGUUAUCGGCAUAUUAAGUACAUAUUAAGCUCAUGCAAAUGGAGAUGUGGUCUUAAUAUUGUGCACUGUAGCACUGCUCAGUGCGCUGUUAAAACAUGAAAUCUGUAUGUUUGAUUGUUGAAAUCAACAUUUGUAAUAACGAUUUUAUUUUAAUAAUUUACUAAACUCACCUUACCACUCGCUUUUUUACUUAACCAUAGUUAGAUGUUUAUUUUGGACUUUUGAAGUUAAAAGUUUUCGCCACAUUCAAUAACACAAAACCAAAAGGUUUAUCAGGUUUUAAAUCAUAUAUCAUUGUGUAUCAUAUUAUAUGAAUAUCAAAAUGUUUGUUUAAAGUAAUUGAAACCAUGUAUUAUAUGUUUCAAGCUUUCAUCUUUUAAUAAAUAAAAC